GUCGCGGAGGUCGCUGCGGCCCGGAAGCGCUCGCGCGAUGCCAUUCCCACGCGCCAGGCCUCCUUGCUCCUAUGCCGCCUCCGCGCGCCUUUUUCUCCGUGGUCGCCGCCCGUCUCACCAGCGACAGCGCAGGCUUAGGCGCAGGCCGAGCUGGAUGGCCCGGAGGGUGCAGCCGCGGUGGUCUCGACGGGGUCGACGAAGAGGGCGGAGGGGAGGAGAACGAUCAUCUCAGUCCGGAGCAGUUGGUGGAUGCGCUACCGUGGGAGCUUCUCCAUCGACUGGCAUCGGCUCCCUCCCUUCGCCCUCGAAUUGCUCCAUCGCGCCGCCCAUGCCCGAUGCUGCUUCUCUGCUGAUACUACUGUUGGACUUGGAGGUCCAGACGGCAACAGACGUGGGAUGAAACGUUCAAGGUGUGAUGAUUUCAACGCGGAUUGGCAAGCAUUGUUCAAACUUCGCUGGCCCCUUGGUGGUAACACUGGACAUGAUACCUUGGUCACUGUGGAUUGGCAGCAACAAUAUUGGGAAAAGCAUUUACAAGAAGGUGCCUGGAUGAAGCUGCAGAGAGUGCCCUGCUUCCUUCUUUUUGUGGGAGUACUGGUGAGCUGGGCACAGGUCCAAGAGGCGUGCAUGCACGUGCGGCCGUUGGUGGCGAGCUUGCGGCACAGGCGAGGCUAGCAUCAUAAGUGGUUGGCUUGCAGAGGAACGAAGCAAGGCGACGAGAACCGCGGUGCUGCUGGCCUUGAUAUUGCCGCCUCACCUCCUGCUGCUUUAUCUCGCCUCCGGCUCCACCAUUAGCUCGACCUCUACCACAAAAACUCCAUGGCACUGAAUGGCGUGGUGCAAGGAAUGCACGAAGCGACAGCACAAGCAAGCUCUGAUCCUCAAAUUGGCAAGGCAUGAUGAGCUUUUUCUCCUUGUACCUUCAUGCCCCUUAACUGUUUGAUGAAAUGUGAAGGUAGCACAAGCCACCUUUUAUAUUCAGUUUUAGUUGUAAUUGUUGCCUAACAUUGCUCCUUUUUAUUGAAAUAACUGAGAGUUGACAAAUGAAGCAUCAACUGUCAUUUGUCACAUAUUAGUUUUCAUCCAUUUGUUCAAUUUCCUGCAAACAAGCUUGCGUAUUACCAUUAUAUAUCUAUGGAAAAGAAUUGUUAACACCAAACAUUCUAUGGUGCUACAUCAUAUAACUAAUAUCUUUGUUGACACAUAUUAGAUUUUCACCAAAUUCAAUAAUUAUUCUAAUCUCCCACAAUCAAAUUUAGUGCAUCAAUUUGUUGUCCUGUGGAAUUUAUAAUUUCAGUGUUGCCUGCAGUAUGGAUUGUUAACGCUGCAUAUCGAUUUAUAUUUUCCUAUGCCAAUUUGAGAUCAAUCAGUUGCCAAAUGUGGUCUAGACAAGUUCUACAAUUUCAGAGCUAUCAUAUGUAUCAAAGCUGCCAAUGGAGUCAACAUUCCAGAUGGAUGGUUAGUUCCAUAUAUGUGUGCAUUUCCACAUUGAUUUGUCAGGUUAAUAUAGUUGUCGUACACAUUGCUUAUGCUUUCCCCCAACUAGAUUAGUGCUUUAUUUAAACUUCCAGUUCUUCAUACAAGUUUGUACUUUUAAUUUCACAUUCACACUGCUUAACCAUGCUUUUGCCGUUCUUUUUUAGAUUUCCUUGCUCUUAGAUUACUGAGAUCAUCUUAUAAUUAAAUUGGUCUGGAAGUAAAUAGUCCAAUUGUCUAAAUAAUAUUGCAGGAUUAUCUAAAAAGGGUCAAAAGGAUCAUUUACAACUGAGCUUUCCUUUUUAAAUUUAUAUCGUUGGGUACCACAUGAUUUCAUUCUGCAUCUAUUGUUCAUGGAGGUGCAAUGGUAUUGUGAUCUUUUUUGUUUUCUUUUGGGUUAGUUGGUCGUAAUUCUGAUAUCUUCACCUACAAUUAAUCCAUUCGAUGUAUGGAUUAUUUAUUUCUUUUUGUUAUAUGCAAAAAUCUUACCUAGAAUAUUUCAAAUAAAUUGGCUACAAUAAUUAGUUAGGAUGACUUCAAAAUGAAUGGUUCUACAUUUGUCUACAAUAUAAUAGAACCACAUAAAGAACAAAAAGAUGAUAUAUAGAUCUUUUGGUUGCUCUUGCUUUUUAAUCUGAACGUUGAUCAUUGAUUCAUUAUCUAUUUUGAAGUGUGAUUCCAGCAGCAAUGAAUUCAUGUAUACACCUGCCGAUGUUACCAUCAUCACCUGCACCUCGCAAGUGCCAGCCCCUCCAUCUCCCAGGAGUGUCAUCUUCGAAAGAAGUACUCUUCAGUUUAUAGAUUAUUUAGAUGUAAACAAUUGAAACAUGCAACAACCAGCUACUCAUCUAAUUGUGUUGUCCUCCUGAUGACUCACAAGUUAUACAUAAGAGCAUUCCACCUUUUCUAGCAUUAGUAGCAGGUUACCCUUCUUGCUCCUAGCCCUUAGGUUUUGACUAUUUUUUGAAUAUUUAUACAGGUUACUUAGUUU